AUGGCACCCGGUGUCUACACCACCACCACCAGCACGGAGAGUGGCUCCUAUCCCACAAAGGGCUCCGCGCCAAAGGGCUCCGCGCCCGCCCCGCGGUUCCUCCCCCCCGGCACCUCGGUCGAAAAGUUCCAAGACUUCGCAGCCAGCCUCCAGCAGGCGGUAGGGAAGGAGAACCUGCAAAUCAUCACCCAAGAUACCGCGCUGGAAGAUGGCGACUACCUCACGGUCGACUGCCAGACGCACGACAUGCACCAUCUGUACGACCGGGAGGAGUUCGUUGGCAGCGCCCUCGUCCAUCCGCGGAACGUGGCCGACAUCCAGGCCGUGGUCAAGCUGUGCAACGAGUUCCUGGUCCCCGUGUGGACCUUCAGCAAGGGCCACAACAUCGGCUACGGCGGCGCCGCCCCCAGGGUCUCGGGGAGCCUGGUCAUGAACCUGGGCACGCACAUGAACCGCAUCCUCGAGGUCAACGCCGAGGACUGCUACUGCCUCGUCGAGCCCGGCGUGACCUAUCUCCAGAUGCAGAAGUACCUCGACGACAACGGCCUGCGCGACAAGGUCUGGCUGGACUCGCCGGAGCUCGGCUACGGCUCCAUGAUCGGCAACGCGCUGGACCACGGGGUCGGCUUCACCCCCUACGGCGACCACUGGAUGAUGCACUGCGGCAUGGAGGUCAUCCUCGCCAACGGAGAGGUCGUCCGUACGGGCAUGGGCGCCAUGCAGAGCCCCGAGGGUCGGAGGCAGGCUGCCCAGGGCGUGCCUCCUCAGGACCAGCACCAGAACGAGUGCUGGCAGCUUUUCCCCUACGGCUUCGGCCCCAUCAACGACGGCAUCUUCUCUCAGAGCAACAACGCCAUCGUCACCAAGAUGGGCAUGUGGCUUAUGCCUGCCGCGCCUGGCAUCACCCCAUUCAUGGUGACGUACGAGAGGGAUGAGGACCUCGAGGCUGUUGUCGACAUCAUCCGUCCCCUCCGUGUUAACAUGGUUCUUCAAAACGCUGCUAGUCUCCGCCACAUCUCGCUUGAUGCAUCGCACUAUCACCCUAGAACGGAGUACACCGACAACCCCGACAUGCCCCUCACGGAGGAGCAGCUGGAUGCGGCGGCGAAGAAGGUCAACCUGGGGCGCUGGGUUUACAUCGGAGCCGCCUACGGGCCCGAGCCGAUCCGCAAGGCCCAUCUCGAGAUCACCAAGCGGGAGAUGACCAAGGUCCCCGGCAGCAGGUGGUUCCUGCUCGAGGAUCGCAAGGAGGAGUUCAGCACCUUGCACUGCCGCGCCGAUACCAUGAGGGGCCUGCCAACAUGGGACGAGCUGCGGUGGUUGAACCACUGGAUCCCCAACUGCACGUUUCUUUCCUUCUCGCCCAUCUCCAAGGUCGACGGAAAGUCGGCCAUGAAGCAGUACACCAUGGCCAAGAAGCGCUUUGCCGAGGCCAGGCUUGACUACUUUGGCAUUCUCAGCAUCGGCAUGCGUGAAAUGCACAACAUUGUGUGCAUUGUGUACAACCGCGAGGACCCCGACAUGCGGCGCCGCGCGCAGUGGCUCGUCCGCACCAUGAUCCAGGACUGCGCCGACAACGGCUGGGGCGAGUUCCGCACGCACGUGGCUCUGAUGGACCAAAUCGCCGACACGUACGACUUCAACGACCACGCGCUCGGCAGGCUGAACCAGACCAUCAAGGACGCCCUCGACCCCAACGGCAUCCUGGCGCCCGGGAAGAGCGGCGUCUGGCCCAAGAGCUACGACAAAUCCAAGUGGGCGCUGAAGAAGGACUAUAUCAAGUAG